CUUAAAACAAGUAUGUCAAAGAGGAAGAACCUUUCAAACUGCGGCGUGAUUUUCCAAUUUUUUCUACAUUCUCUUCCUCUCUCACUUUUUUUUUUCCUUUCCUAUUCGACCCGGAUUUUCCAUUGAAUUUCAGCCACUGAUUGUUCCAGGGAAAAAGUAGCUUCCUUUUUCUUUUUUCUCCCUUGUCAAUUUCUUCCAAAGUUACAUACAAUGUCAACAGCAGCCAAAGUGACUCUUGGUACUUCCAUAGUAUUUUGUUGUGCUUCUAUAUAUGGUGUUCACUAUAUACAACGAUAUGAACAAGAACUUAUGCGGCAGGGACUAGUGAAAGACGACGAACGACGUUUGAAAAAGGAACAACAACAAAACAACCAACGUGAAUUAGACGAACAACAAGCUUUACAUGCCGAGUUAUUAAAAACUCAAACUGUCUCUAAAUUACCGUCAAGUGAACCAGCUUCAGAAGAUUAAUUAGUAUAGAUCAUUUAGUAUAUAUAUAAAAACUAGUUACCCCCACAAUGUACAGUAUUUGAAGUGAAAUAAAUAGAAUGAUGAUAAUGAAUAAACCGUUUUUUUUUUUAUUAUUACUAUCCAUAUACUAACAGUAUACAAAAAUAGAAUCAAAAAUCAAA